AUGUCUUACGUUCAAGGCAUCGGUACACUAGCUGCUGGUGUAGCACUUGGUGUUCUUGCUACAAGUACAUAUUUUCGUCUUUGGGAUGGACGAACAUUAUCAAAUGAUAGUGCAUUACUUCGUUUUUCACCCGAUUUAUCAACACAAAUUAUUCGUAGACUUGAUCCAAAUUUUGCAGUAUGUUAUGAUCGACGAACACGAAUUCCAUUAUGGACAAUUGAACAUUUAACACGUCAAACAAUUACAAUGGGUAAAAAUGUUGAUCGAGGAAAUUCAAUAUUUCGAGAAGAUAAUCAUAUUCAUCCAUUUUUUCGUUCAACAAAUCAAGAUUAUUUUGGUUCUGGUUUUGAUCGUGGUCAUCUCAUUCCAUGUGCAGAUCAUCGAUCUUCUCAAGAAAGCAUGAAUAAUACAUUUUUUCUUUCGAAUAUUGCUCCACAAGUAGGCAAAGGUUUCAAUCGAGAUAAAUGGGCACAUUUAGAAAGAUAUGCUCGUGCACUUGUCAAACAUUAUACUGGUGGCUUAUGGAUACUUACUGGACCACUCUACCUUUCCAGACUUGAUCCAACGGAUAAUAAACUCUAUGUAAAGUAUCAAGUAAUUGGUUCAAAUCAAGUUGCUGUUCCAACACAUUUUUUCAAAGUAAUUAUUGGUCAACGAAAUGAUAAUCAAUUAGAUAUAUAUUCUUAUUUAAUGCCCAAUGAACCAAUUGAUAAUGCAAUACCACUCGAUGAAUUUCUUGUUGCUCCUGAACUUAUUGAACAAAAUGCUGGAUUUUUAAUAACAACAGAAAAAGUUCAUAAAAAUAAAAUUCAUGCAAUCAAUCAACCAUGGAUUGAUUUUAAACUUCAAUCACCUCCUUCUUCAUCACAUCAAAAAUCAUUACCAGCACCAUCAUCAAGUCCUUCUACAGCAUAA